GUCUCGGUCGUCUGGUGCCGUGGUUUCUCGGUCGUCUGUUGUCGUGGUGUCUCGGUCGUCUGGUGCCGUGGUGUCUCGGUCGUCUGGUGUUGCAGUGUCUCGGUCGCAGUGGUAGUGGUAGCGUCUAGUUUGUCAUGUUUCGGCUGUCUAUGGGUGGCAGUCGUUCAAAGCGUGGUCGAUGGCGUCGCGGUGUCUCGGUCGCUGAGUGCCGGUGGGGUCGUCUGGUGUCGUGGCAGGGGGGUCGUGGUAUCCUUGAAUUGUGGCGUCUGUUGGUCGUUGUCGUGGUUUGGGCGGUCGGUCGGAAUUAAGGUCUGUACAUUAACGAAAUCGGUCCAUAAUCGAGCGCGUUGCGUCGUGAACAUUGAAUUUCGAUCACCAUCUCGAUACAUUGGUAGUUCUUACGUACGCGGGAGUAACAACUUGAUCGCUGUCGCAUGA